CCGCCGCCGCGCCGUCAACGCCUGGUCCGCCCCGCGCCCCCAUGGCCGGGAAGGCGCUGUCGCUGCUGCCGCCGCUGCUGCUGGCCGCGGCGGGCCUCGCCGGCCUCCUGCUGCUGUGUGUCCCCACCCGCGACAUCCGGGAGCCGCCCGCCCUCAAGUAUGGCAUCGUCCUGGACGCCGGCUCUUCCCACACAUCCAUGUUCAUCUACAAGUGGCCAGCGGACAAAGAGAACGACACAGGCAUCGUGGGCCAGCACAGCUCCUGUGAUGUGCAUGGUGGGGGCAUCUCUAGCUAUGCUGACAACCCUUCCGGGGCUGGGCAGAGUCUUGUGGAAUGCCUGAACCAGGCGCUUCGGGAUGUGCCCAAGGAGAGACACGCGGGCACGCCCCUCUACCUGGGAGCCACGGCGGGCAUGCGCCUGCUCAACCUAACCAGUCCAGAGGCUUCGGCCAACGUGCUCGCGGCCGCGACGCAGACGCUGACCCAGUAUCCCUUUGACUUCCGUGGUGCCCGCAUCCUCUCGGCCCAGGAUGAGGGGGUGUUUGGCUGGGUGACUGCCAACUACCUGCUGGAGAACUUUAUCAAGUAUGGCUGGGUGGGCCAGUGGUUCCGGCCAAAGAAGGGGACGCUGGGGGCCAUGGACCUGGGGGGCGCCUCCACACAGAUCACUUUCGAGACGGCCAGCCCAGCUGAGGAUCCGGCCAGUGAGGUCCAGCUGCGGCUCUACGGCCAGCACUACCGCGUCUACACCCACAGCUUCCUCUGCUAUGGCCGUGACCAGGUCCUCCGGAGGCUGCUGGCCAGUGCACUCCAGACCCACAGCUUCCACCCCUGCUGGCCGAAGGGCUAUUCCACUCACGUGCUGCUCCAGGAUGUGUAUGAGUCGCCGUGCACUGCAGCCCAGCGGCCCCAGACCUACAACAGAAGCACCAAGGUCAGCCUGUCGGGGAGCAGCGACCCUGCCCUGUGCCGUGGCCUCAUUUCUGAGCUCUUUAACUUCUCCUCCUGCCGCUUCUCUAGAUGCUCCUUCAACGGCAUCUUCCAGCCCCCUCUGGCUGGAAAGUUCAUUGCCUUCUCUGCUUUCUUCUACACGGUGGACUUCCUGAGAACUGUGAUGGGGCUGCCCGUGGCAACCCUGCAGCAACUAGAGGCGGCCGUGGUCACCAUCUGCAACCAGACGUGGAGUGAGCUGCAGGCUCGGGCGCCGGGAGAGGGGGCCCGCCUACCCGACUACUGCGCUGGGGCCACAUUCGUGCAGCAGCUGCUGCGCCGCGGCUACGGCUUCGACGAGCGCGCCUUCGGAGGCGUGACCUUCCAGAAGAAGGCCGGGGGCACCGCGGUCGGCUGGGCGCUUGGCUACAUGCUGAACCUGACCAACCUGAUCCCCGCCGACCCGCCCGGGCUGCGCAAGGGCACAGACUUCGGCUCUUGGGUCGUCCUCCUCCUGCUCUUCGCCGCCAUGCCCCUGGCUGCGUUCGUCCUUCUGCUGCACCGGGCGCGCUCUGCCAAGUCGCCGAGCGCCAUCUAGGGGCGGGUUGGGGGCAGCUGCCCCAGCCCCAAGUCCCCCAUGCCUCACCCCACCCUACUCUCAACAUCUCCGUCCCUAACGAAGCCCGGGAGCAAGACUCUAGCGCCCACGCCCACAUUUGGCCCGGAGAGGUGAAGGGAACCGAAUCCAGCCCCCUCCUGCCCACUCCAGCCUCGGCUUCAUCUCAAGGCCUAGCGCUCCUCCUCCUCUUCCUGGGGAUGGGGAUUCAGACACCCCGCAGCCCUCAGCCUGUGAAUGCAGGGUUGGGUCUCCAGGGAAUGGAGUCUUGAGAGUCCCCUCCCACCCCCAGUCUUGGGUUGUAGGGGGAGGGUCAGAGCCCACAAGC